AGCAAUUUGAUUUUGUUGUACCGCCAUUUUCAUCUCUGCUCACUGCUCACUGCUCACUGCUCUGCUUCACAGUAUACUCCUAAUAGCCAUAGCCAUGGCCAGCAACGACCUUUUCUCUUCUUUGAUUUCAGACAUUAAGUCAUACUCUGGCAAAGACCCUCUACUUCCAUGGCUCCGAGGGAUUCGGAAAAUGAAAGACUCAUUGCCUUCUCACGUUUUGAACGACAAGCUUCCUCGAUUCUUGCAGAAAUGCACCGAGAAGUUCGAGUCCGAUCGGCGUUAUAGGGACGAUUUGCGGUAUCUUCGCGUUUGGUUGCAGUUGAUGGAUUAUGUGGCUGAUCCAAGAGCACUACUGAAAACCAUGGAAGAAAAACGGAUUGGGACAAAGUUUUCUUUGUUCUACCAAGCAUACGCCUUGUACUACGAGAAGCUUAAGAAGUUUGAUGAUGCUGAUAAAAUGUAUCACUUAGGAGUGCAGAAGCUUGCUGAACCUAUUGAUGAAUUACAAAGGUCAUAUGAGCAGUUUCUUCAUCGCAUGAAAAGACACAAUUACAAAAGAGUCCAGCAUCAGCAUGGAAGAACUUCUAGGAGGCAUCUGUCUGACAAAAGCACUUCUAAUCAAGGUGAUCCCGAAAAGAACAAUAAUGAGGUUCGAGACAAAGGAAUUUUUGAGAAUGGACCUAUAGCUGUAACAUUAACUGACAGUAGAAAUGAGACUGAGAAGAUGCCUCAAGAUUCAGCAGGGAGGGAAACAGAUGAAUUCAGGAUAUUUAAGAGCGACGAUAUGGUUGUCAAAUUUGUAGAUACUGCUUUUUGUGGGAAAUCUGUUGCAGAAGAUGCUUGUCACCAUGGUUUGGUGGAACCAACUGUCAAUAUGAAAGAGGCAAUGAAUGCAAUAAACAGUAUGUUUUCUGAACCAAUAGAGAUGCCUCCUAUUGGUAGGAGAUCACGUGGAAGCCAUUCCAAGAAAGAUUGCUACUUAAAUGGUGGGUUUGAGGUGUUUGUUGAUGAGAACCUUGAUAGGAAAAUUGAGUUAGAAAAGCAGAAAGGAUGUACAAUGCCACAGCAUGGUAGUAUAACCGAACCUCACCAGCUAGAACAACCGCCUUUGAUGAUUUUUGUGGACGAUGAAGCAGGUGGUGAGAUAGGCAACACAAGUUUUGAAAAGGAUGGAUCGAAAUUGAGCGAAUCACGAGAUCUCGUAGGAGGUUCUACAGCAUCUGCUUCAUGUUCAAAAGCAUUUGUGUUUCCUUGUGUGGACAAUGUUGAAAAUAUUGAUGAUGAUUCUGAUGUACAGGAUCCCAUUGAAGCAAAGUUUAGAGAAGAUACAAUUGUGUGUAGGUUUGUUGGUAAUGCAAUUUCAAAUGAGCCAGAGGUGGAAAACAUUUGCCACCAUGGUUUGGUAGAGCCAACAGUUAACCUGAAGGAAGCCAUGGAUGAUAUAAACAACAUGUUUGGAAAGCCCAUUGAAUUUGUUAGGACUAGAAGAUCCAAAAAGCAUGAAAAGCCACCAGAAGUGCAAAAUGAUUUUGGUGGGUUCUCAAUACUUCCUGAUGAUGAAUUAUUAGGGCCUGCACAGGCUAAGCCACCAGUAAAAUCAUCAAGAAAAUCAAGUGACUGUGAUUUGUUUGAGCCAACGGUAUUUACUAAAGAAGCCAUGGACGAUAUUAACAAAAUGUUUGGAAUGCCUCUUGAUUUUUAGUUACCAUGGGCUUUUGCAUCUGCUUGGAAUGUCAGCUUUUGAUGGAGAUGCGUUUCUGAUGUGUAAUGUAAUUUUGAAUAUGUAGAUUUAUUUUUGGUAGAUUUCUCAUAACCUGUGUAUUAUAAAAUCUUGAAGUUUGGAGUGGAGAUUUAUCUUGAUUUGUGCUUUCACGUGGUCAUAAAUAUUUGAUGAUGAAUGAAGAAGGUUUUG